CAGCUACUUGCAGAUUCCUGCUUGGGUGCGGGGUUCAUACGAUAAGAAACCACUAUAAGGUCCCUCUCUCGCUGGAAUUGUUGCGAAACCCGUCCAGCAGAAACUGCCAGAUGCAUUUGCAAACGAAGACGACGGAGGAGGAGAAGCCCCCUAGUUUUAGCAUCGCAGCCUCUCGAUCGAAUCCACAAAGAACUUGAUUAUUGCGCUUGCUUUGACUUUAAUCACCUCUAAAUUCCUCAUAUGGCUUGCGAUCGUUCUCAUUCUCGACUCAUCCAGAUGGGAACGCUGGAUGAUAAAUCAAUGCAUGAGUUUGAGGAGGAGAAUCUUUUCAGUCCCCAGACGUCGGCUCACAAGACAAAUUCUCUCCAUGCAACUCAACAUGGAUCUCCUUCAGGAGGUUCACAAGUUUCCAAUGUUAAAUUCUCCCGGAACAGUGUUUGUAGCAGCCUAAAGAUUGUUAUAUUCUCAAACAAACUCAAUUUGCUUUUGCCAUUUGGGCCUUUAGCAGUCCUGGUUCAUUCAUUUAGUGGCCAUCAAGGUUGGGUCUUCUUCCUUUGCUUAUUGGGCAUUACACCUUUGGCUGAGCGUUUAGGUUAUGCUACGGAGCAGCUGGCAUUCUUCACUGGACCUACAGUUGGGGGUCUUCUAAAUGCUACUUUUGGGAAUGCAACAGAACUGAUUAUAUCAAUUCAUGCACUGCAAAUUGGAAUGAUCCGCGUUGUUCAACAGUCAUUGUUAGGCUCUAUUCUUUCUAACAUGUUGCUGGUGCUUGGAUGUGCAUUUUUCAGUGGUGGGAUUGUUUAUCAUAAGAAGGAACAGUUGUUUAACAAGGGAACUGCUAUUGUGAACUCUGGGUUGUUAUUGAUGGCUGUCAUGGGCCUGCUCUUUCCUGCUGUUUUGCACUUCACACACACUGAAGUGCAUUUUGGAAAGUCAGAGUUGUCUCUUUCAAGGUUUAGCAGCUGUGUUAUGCUUAUAGCAUAUGUUGCAUAUCUUGUUUUCCAGUUAAAGACUCAAAAUGAUUUAUAUGCUCCUAUUACUGAGGAAGGAAGUCAGAGUGAUGAUAACUCAGAUGAUGAUGAAGCUCCUGAGAUCUCUAAAUGGGAAUCAAUAAUUUGGCUUUCAAUUUUGACUGCUUGGAUCUCAUUUUUAUCAGAUUAUCUAGUUGAUGCCAUACAGGGAGCAUCUGUUGCAUGGAAAAUGCCAGUUGCUUUUAUUAGUGUUAUCUUGCUUCCAAUUGUGGGGAAUGCUGCUGAGCAUGCAAGUGCAAUAAUGUUUGCCAUGAAAGACAAGCUUGACAUUUCUUUGGGAGUGGCAAUAGGAUCAUCAACACAAAUAUCCAUGUUUGGGAUUCCUUUUUGUGUGGUCGUUGGGUGGAUGAUGGGCCGUCCUAUGGACCUGAAUUUUCAACUUUUUGAGACAGCUACUCUUUUUAUAACUGUAUUAGUUGUAGCCUUCUUGCUGCAGGAAGGAACAGCUAAUUAUUUUAAAGGUUUAAUGCUCAUUCUUUGCUAUCUGAUUGUUGCUGCAAGUUUCUUUGUGCACGUUGACCCUGUUUCAGUAGAGGACAAGCACCUGAAAAGGUUGUGAAGAGCUGUGAACUCGUGAGGUGACCUUUGUCCAUUUUUGCUGUACAUAUUUAUAAAUCCAGCCACUUCAAUUUCCUGAGCUUCUAGAUUCAAGUUUCAAAACAAUGCGAGUUCAGGUACCUGGCUGAUUUUUUUAUUCUUUGUUUAGGCUCCAACUAUGAAGUUACUAUUCACUUGUAUCUUGAAACUAAAAUUCUAUUUAGUGUAGAAGAAUUUAUUCUUUUGAUUUUUUCGACAUUGUAGAGGAUAGCAAUUGAGGGGACAAAAAUACCUUCACUGAUAGAAACUGGACUCAUCAUGAUUGAUGGUUUACAAUUGUUUUAAUAAUAUUGUCAUAUGACUGUCUAAGUUUUUGUCACUUGUCGUUUGAGAUUUUCAUUUUGGCCCCAAUUUUAACAUUUCCAAUUCGAGUCAUUUUGCAUUGACUUGAUUGGAAUACACUGAGAGACUUGCAUGAAGAUGCAGGCAUUAAGAUACUUGUUUUGCUCAAGGGCAUACACAUUCUUCUAAAUUUUGAUUUGAUGCUCAAAAAAAUUAUUGAGCAUUCUCCAGCAUCAGCCAUUAGUACUCUGGUGGAAUAGGCCAAUGUGGGUUGGGAGUAGCCAAAUACCGGCUGUGGCCAGUAAAAACCUGUAAAUUAGGAAGGUACAGGAGAAUAAAUGCACUGUUUUGAAUGCUAGAAUGACACUAGGCCUUUUCCUGCUAGUUCAAAAUGGAAUUAAGUGCUUACCAGUUUCAUCUGAUGUCUUUGUUUGUAGAUCAAAUUCCUGAUUUAGCAUAUUACUUUUGCCAUUACUAUGUAAAAUUUCAAAAUGGAGUUAAAUCUGGGGGAACUUUUGAACCAUAUAUUAUAUAGGCACCUAGUAAAAAAAUGUCAGUCUCUGGAGUCUGGAUGGUUCCUCUGCACAAUUGUUCCUCCUUACAUCCCACUUUUUUCAUGUUUUAUUUGCUCUGCUACUAAAUCCCUAAUGAUGCUUUCCCAUUAGUUGCCCAAAUCUGUAGAUGAACCAAAACUCAUGAUUUCUGCAUUAUGAUCGUCAUUUCGGGUCUUGUGCUGCUGUAGCAGAUCUAAAGGCCUUCCUCAGACUUCUUCUGAGCUAUCCUUGUCUAGGGCUACUGACGCUGACACUAUUCAUCUCUCAGUUGCUUAAGAAAGCUUGAUCCAAGAGUUACGAAGGGCCACGGUCAAUGCAGCAUUCCUGACACUCAUGGUGGAUGAAUUCACAUCCUGUCUGUUGAUCAAGAGACCUAAUUUGAUGACCAGAAAGGAUUUGGUGAGCCAGCAUGUGGUUGUAGGCAUGUAUUUUUUCAAGGACCAAUCCUCAAGUCUAAAUUAACAACCACUAAUGUUAGAUUGAUGCAGCUGUCUGCUGCUAUAUAUGACAUGACCCCCGGUCCCAAUUUACAAUCAAUGUGACUAUAUUUUCCUUUCCUGUAUUUGUCUCUCAAAAAUGCAAAUAUCAUCUUUCUAUUCAGUUAUGCUUCUUUUGCAUUUUUUUUCCUCGCUUGUUUUUAGCAUUAUUUAGAAACGAAAUGGUUUUGAACUGGUGCAAAGCAGUGGACUACAUUGAAAUGAAUUCCAAUUACUACA